GAGCGAGAGAGGAGAGGUGGCAGCGGCUCUGCUACCCCAGCUCAGUGUCUCUCUGAUCGUGGCGUGGGCAUUUCUUUUUUCACCCCUCUUCCUCUGUGUGCUUGCUCCCUAGUUUAAGGCCUGUCAGCUGUAUGUGUGGCAGGAGCUGUGCUGCACCAAGCCCCGAUCUCCAGCUCUUUCCCCCUCUUUUCUUUGUAGCCCGGAGGAUUAUUUGAACAUUUCCCUUUGCUUUUGGGGGCCGGAUUGCAAAGGACAGAGCCAUGCCUAGGAGAAGCAUCUUGGAGGUGAAGGUGUUGGACGUGCAGAAAAGGCGAUCCCCCAACAAACACUAUGUGUAUAUAAUCAAAGUCAUGUGGUCCAGUGGUUCCACAGAAGUCAUUUAUCGACGGUACAGCAAGUUCUUUGAUCUGCAGAUGCAGAUGUUGGACAAGUUCCCAAUGGAAGGAGGGCAGAAGGACCCCAAACAAAGGAUCAUCCCCUUUCUGCCGGGGAAGAUCCUCUUCCGCAGAAGCCACAUCCGAGAUGUUGCUGUCAAGCGUCUGAUACCUAUUGAUGAAUACUGCAAGGCUCUGAUCCAGCUGCCACCCUACAUCUCUCAGUGUGAGGAGGUUCUUCAGUUCUUUGAGACAAGACCCGAAGACCUUAAUCCCCCCAAAGAGGAACCCAUUGGAAAGAAGAAGUCUGGCGGUGACUUGGCAUCAGUAGAUCCCAUGGUCCUGGAGCAGUAUGUGGUGGUGGCAGAUUACCAGAAGCAGGAGAGCUCUGAGAUCAGCUUGUGCGUGGGUCAGGUGGUGGAUAUCAUUGAGAAGAAUGAAUCAGGCUGGUGGUUUGUGAGCACAUCUGAUGAGCAAGGCUGGGUCCCGGCUACAUGCCUGGAAGCUCAGGAUGGUGUCCAGGAUGAAUUCUCAAUGCAGCCUGAAGAAGUCCCUUGGAGAUACUGGUCUCUGCCCAGGCAUGUUGGCCACCGUCGGACUCUUGGGGACUUGUACACCAGUGGAUGGGGUCAAGAGGAGAAGUACACAGUCAUUUACCCAUAUACUGCUAGAGACGAGGAUGAAAUGAACCUAGACAAAGGGGAUGUGGUAGAGGUGAUCCAGAAAAACCUUGAGGGCUGGUGGAAAAUCAGGUAUCAGGGUCAAGAGGGCUGGGCUCCGGCAUCCUAUCUGAAGAAAGGAACUGGAGAGAUGUUUACACAGAAAUUAGGAUCUGGCUCAUCCACCCACUCAUGUGCCCUGGAUCUGGAUGGUGUUCCCCGGCAGCAGAACUCAACGGGCCGAGAGAAGGACGGGCCCAACAACCAAAGAGAGGGAAGGUUUGAUGGUCGACCAUUACCUCAAGCUGACAUUCGACGCAAGUCACCAAAGAUGAGGCAGAGGCCCCCUCCUCGCCGAGAUCUCACUAUACCACGUGGUUUGAACCUGCCUAAACCUCCUGUCCCUCCCCAAGUGGAAGAAGAAUAUUACACCAUUGCUGACUUCCAGACCAUCAUCCCCGACGGCAUCAGCUUCCACGCAGGAAUGAAAGUGGAGGUGAUCGAGAAGAACCUGAGUGGGUGGUGGUACAUUCAGAUUGAGGAGAAGGAAGGCUGGGCCCCAGCUACCUUUAUUGAUAAAUACAAGAAAACUAGCAAUGCUUCUAGACCUAACUUUCUAGCACCGUUGCCUAAUGAGAUGGCCCAGCUCCAGCUUGGCGAGGCCACUGCGGAGCGCAACACCAAUGAAGAAGCCACUGGGCCAUCCAGGCCUCUGCCUGAAGCUCCACCUAAUGGUAUAGACUGUGGAAUGAAAUGGGCCAAAGACUGGAAGGGAAAGGAGGUUCUCAAGAGUGCCCCCUCGGAGAGCGGUGAUGUAGCUGCUGGGUAUGAGGAGAUCUCUGAUCCGGAUACAGAGGAGAAGCCCAGCCUCCCACCCAGGAAGGAGUCGAUUAUUAAAUCCGAAGGUGAGUUAACGGAGAGGCAAAGGCCUCCACCCAAGCCCCCAGGCAUGAUCUUGCCAAUGAUCCCUCCAAAGCAGACAGCCGCCCCGAGGGACAGCAAGAAGCCAGAGCUGAAAACAGAAAAAGGAAAACUGUUCCAGCUGAAAAAUGAAAUGGGCCUGGAGUGCGGGCACAAGGUGUCAGCCAAAGAAGUGAAGAAGCCGAACCUCCGACCCACUGUCAAGCCAGCCAAGCCAAAAGCUGAGCCCCCAGAAGACAAGUCUGAGCCAAUGACCCAGAAUCCCUUCUUGAAAUCAAAACCUCAGAUCAGGCCGAAACCAACUGCAGCCUCCAGGACAGACCCACCUCAGGCAGAUGAUAAACUGGACAUUGGCAAUCUGAGAAGCAAGCUCAGACCUGCUAAGUCCCAAGAGAAACCCUCUGAGCAGGACCCCAUGCCUACUGAAAAUGUCUUCAAUAACAAUGUGCUCCCAGCAGAGGUUUCUGGCAGGCCUCAGGAGCGAUUGAGUGUGGAGAACAGACCCCCAACCAAACAGGAUAGCCAGAUCCCAAAGGAGGCUCCAACCAGAGCUCCCUUCAGCCUGCCAAAGAUGGCCGACAGUGAGCCCAAGAACAGCUCCCCGACUCCCAGAGAGCCACCACUUCAGCGGCCAGUGGUGCCACCCAGGAGACCUCCUCCUCCAAAGAAAGUGGUAUCCUCCUCCUCUGGUCCCACUGCAGAGCUGAAAGCCCCACAGAGGGAAGUGCCUGAAAUCAGAGCUGCCUCAGUGCCUGGCCGGCCCAUGCUGGUUCCGCCAAAGGCCAAACCAUUCCUGCCUGCUAUGUGCCAAGAUGAAGCCAAAGGGAAAAGCAGCUUAGGCCCAAAGGUAACAUCCAAGCAGGUGGAGAGAGGGGAAGCCAGGGAGAGGACAGCUGCCCCCUUCACCAGUCCAGAUAUCUCCAAAGAAGCCCUCUAUGUGGCUGUGGCAGAUUUUGAAGGAGACGAAGAGACCAGCAGCUUUAAAGAAGGGACCUUAUUUGAAGUUCGUGAGAAGAACAGCAGUGGCUGGUGGUUUUGCAAGGUCCUAACUGGUGGACCUUGUUGGGAGGGCUGGAUUCCCUCCAAUUAUCUAAGGAAGAAGCCAUAGCCUUCCCUCAGUUUACACAGUUGAAGGUUCCUGUUCUUUCACCCGAGUAUUUAAUUAGCUUAUUAAUUUAUAGUUUUUCAUAAUGCUGGCUUAAAAAUAUGCGGAAUACUGUACAUUCCAAUUUGUGCCAUUCCUGAGGCAGAAUUCAAGAAGCAGGCUUGACAUAACGCAGCUAGGCCUUCAUUCCUGCUCUAUCUGCUCCCCCCUGCAUAGGAAAUACUUUCCUCCUUUGUCCAUCUAUGGCAGCCCAGCCCCUGUAGAUGGACAUGUGAAGUUGUUUCUCAACAAGCUUCUUGGUGUAUGUUGGCUAACGCAGUUCCUUCCCUAUCCUAGAAAAAUUAUUGGUACCCACUAGGCUUUUUGAUGUGACAACAGGGAAACCACAGGAAAUUCAGCCACGAUCCAGGUAAAGAAAUGAAGCCAGCCCCACUCACCAAAUGGAAUCUGGAAUAACAAAAAGAGUUGCUUUUCCUGGUGGCUCAGAGUCAUUGUUAAAUGUCUGAUACUGUAUAGCCAAGUCCGGCCUUACAUAGGAACCACAGGAAACCAUGGGGGCAGGGAGAAACAGUACUGUAAAAUCAGGUCCAUAUAGCUGUGUGUGCAUUAACAUGCUCACUCAUGGCCAUGUGUCGCAGUCCAGUUAAGUUUGUGCCUUGCUUGCUUGUACCAUCAAACACAGUCCUUUUACCUCUUGUUUCCUGUACAAUGAUGUGUGUUAAUUUAAAUAUCAUUUUAUUUUUUAAAAAAGAUAAACUAAUGGAAUGGAGGAUCCUCUGUGCUGGGCCAGGGCCCUGCUUCAACUUGUGGCUGAUGGUGAUUCAGGCAAGCUCUGUCACAUUUCAUUUCAGUGGCUGGAGAGAACUAUAUGCAGCAUGGUUCACAACGGGCUUGGCAAGAGAACUUGGAUGAUCGUGGGCGAGAAGGUGCUGGUAUCAUCUAGUACAGUCCAGAGUGUGGACUUGGUCCCUGGAGGUGAAAAAGAAGAGGGGAGCAUGUGUGACUUUUCUGGUACUCAGGUGUUGCUGUUUCUCUUAGGCUUGGCUCUCCCUUGUUUCGCUUUCCUUUGGGGUGGGAGAAUAUAGUGCCUUUUGUUGAUACCUUGCUUCCCAUUUAAAGAGUUCUCAUCCCCUAACCAUACUGGGCUUGUUAAACUCUCUCUGAAAUGGUUUAUCUGCCUGUUUCUUCAUCUAUCUUUCAAGCUGUUCUCGAGAUACUUCCACUGUGUCCUCCAUAUCUGUGCAUAUGUCGGUGUGCUUGGAGGUUUCACUUAAAAUAAAGUGUGUUUCAACAUUUUCACCCUCCUGCCUGCAUGGAUUAACCCCACUUGCUUGCAGUGUUGCUGAUUCCAGGAGGAAAGUAGAUUUUAUCUGAUUGGCUGUCAUUCCCUCACAUCCCUUUCUUUCCUUUUGUAUUCAACUCACUGUGGAUUCAGCGCAGUGCCUUCUCGAGCCUAGAAGAGUUUUAAACCCCACUUUUGAGGAUUACCACUUGCUCCUUCCCACCUGCCACAUGCUAACUAUAGCAGCAAGCACUGCAGAGGUGACUCCACAGAUACAGUUUCCAUAGACGGAAUUCUGCACAGGUUCCAACAAAAGAAAAGUCCAACAGAAUCAGAUACUGGCAACCUUAUUGAUGCAGCAUGACAAGUCAUAUCAGGGCAUUUUGUCCCCAUGCACACAGUCCCAUCCCCUGGACAACUAUUCAUUUAACUCCAUUCCUAUUCAUCAAGUCUUUAUCACGAAGGUAUAUGUAGGAUUAUCAGUCUUAGUUUAUAGAACACAAACUUAGUGAGAACCGUACUGUACAUGUCUCUUUCUCUUUCUCCAUCCCCCUUUCUCUUUUUUUCCUUUGUCUAGAGCUUUAUAAGAUUGCAGCUUGUGGGUCAUGUGGUAACUAAUAAUCUCAUUGUUUUUGGUGACCCGUGGUAAAUACUUUAUAAUAGGAUCCAACAAUGCAAGGUAACUCGUGUAGUAUUGGUGAUGUGCUUAUAUGCUCCCAGCAGAAUCGGGUAGAAAUGUAACCCUGCAAUGUUGCUGCAUUGCAUCUCUUUGCUCAGUUAAAAUUCUUCCUUUGUAUAAAUAAGGAUGUGGCUGAUUAUGGGUUAAAAGUGGGCUGGCCAGCAGUAAAACUUUCUUUGAGUUGUGAAGGUAUUAGACAGAUUUGUGUCCCUUCUCUUUCACUAGCCUUGGGCUGCUACUAUGCUGUUAGUUCGCAUACACAUACUCACACUAGCUUGAUGAGAGCUAGCACAAGUACAGACAGCAGUGUGGCCAUGGUAGCACGGGCAGCGGCAUUGCUUAGCCAUCCUGAAUACGUACCUACAGGGUGCAGGUGGGUUUGUACUUGAACCAGCAAAUAUAGACACUAUGCGUGCUUUACCUAUGGUAUUUCAGCUCUCUCUGUCACGCUUAGACUUCAUUGAUCUUUGUUCCGUUUCAGUGAGACAAUGUCAUUUCUGUUGCUUUGGUGCCAAAUUAGGGCUAUUUUCCCCCAGACUAAAUGCUGAGAUUGUGUUAAUGAAUGCUUCAUGCUGUAGAACUCUUAAUACAUUGAGCCAACUACAGUGAUAAUUACAGGAUUGAUCUGUGCCUUACUGCACAGGCAUCACAUAGCUGUGGGUUAGUUACCUUCACCUGCUGUAUAAGCGGUAGUAACACUUCAAAGGAUCACAAGCCCUAUAAACUAGCUGGCUUAGAGAACACAAAUAAUCGUCUAAUGCCCCUGCCAUUUCCUAGUCUUUCCCAGACCAGAUAUUGCACCGCCCUGCCCUUGCCAUAUUUUAAAUCAGAAAGGGUCUCAGGCUGGCAAAGAGGAUCCCAGUGUGGAAAAGGCUGAGAACUUUACUACAUAACACCCUCCUUUUUAUCUGGGAUCUACAAGAAAACUCUUCAGACACAGAUAGUAUGGUUCAGUGCUCAGAGCAGGGGGGACAACCUUCUGGUUUCUCCCUGUCUGUGCUACUGACGCUCUGUCACCACAGGCAGGGCAUGUCACCUCUGUGCCUUGUUUACCUGUCUGUAAAAUGGGGGUAAUUCUACUGACCUACCUUGCUGGGGGAUUGAGAAGCUCAGUUAGCUAAUGCUUGCAAAGCACUUUGAGAACCUAAGCCAGAAGGUACUGGAGAAGGGCAGAGUUUCAUUUUAAAUAUGAUUCCCUGAUACCUUAGCAUUAAACUCCCCCAUUGUUACAAAGUACCUGCCUUCCAUGGAAAUCCUUCACCAUGCAGCUCAGUGAUUAGCAUUUGCUGUAUGGGUGAACAAUACUCUUACUUUCUGUAUAACAAACCAGGCUUUGCGGCUCUUCAGUUCAGUGUAUCGCAGGCAGGCUGGAGGCCUCAACUGCAAACUAUGGAAGACUGUUUGUUUGUCUCCUUAUACUAUGUAAACACGUAUAAAUCUCUACAUUACUGUGGGUGGGCAGGGGUGCCUGAGGAAGGUAGAUAUGGCCUAUGUAAAUGCCAUAUCUAUACUUUCGCCAUUAGGCUUGUUUGGUAUAUGGGGGAAAGGGGGGAUUUUUUGCUUUGUUUUUUAAAUAAAAAAAACUG